CUUUGUGGAAGGAACAGUCUCAUUGUGCUUUGACCUCACGAAUCAGCUUGUCAUGGUGUCUGCGGUGGAAUGGGUUGCUGUCGGUGUGCUAGUGUUCGCGUUGUUCUUGGUGUACAGUGCUGUGAACGCAAUGCGACCCAAGAAGAGUGCGGAGGGCGAUGACAUCUUGGAGGAAAUGAUCAACGGGUUCGACUUCACGUUGCCUGCGCAAAUCGAAGAGUACCGCGCAUUGAAAGAAAAGGCGCCUGAAGUGUUGACUGAAGAAGAUAUGAAGACGCUUUGCUCGGCACUGUUCCGACGAGCCGUGGCGGACAUCCCCCUUAUCCGAAGAAUACAGACAGAAGCGCAAGGCAUGCACAAACUCAAGACGAACGACUUGAUCAAGGACGGGUCGUACAUGAGCUUCAAGUUGGCCGAGGAGAUGAUUGGCGAAGAGAUCAAAGAAGUCCGUGAAGAAGCACAAGCCCUUCAGCCUCAAGACAACUGGGGUGAAAGCAUCUUUGCGCAAGCUGUUCAAUUUAUCAACCACAUGUCGGAGCAAGAAGAGCUGGCCGAACAGAAGAAGCGCCAGGCAGAAGCCGACGCCCAACAACAAGCGGCAAAGCAAACCGAGAUGGCGGCGCAGUUGGCUGCGGAUUUGCGCAAGCGAAAGUAGAAAUGUUUGGAAUGCACUUUUGAGUUCUACA